AUGGGCCUGUCCGACUACUCGGAUGGUGACGUACAAAACAAGCUGCCUGGCAUGUCGUCCGAGAGUCUCACAGCACAGUCGCCGCCGUCUGCCAUGCAACCCAUGCUCCCCAUGCACCCCGUCAACGAACCCCGGCGGUCGCAGACCGAGAUCCGCAAUGCCAGCCAGUCAAGCGGCCUGGGCACGUUGGAGACGGACCCUGACCGUGUCAUCUGGCAAGGCUGGCUGUGGCUUCUGCGCAGCAAGGGUGGCGUCCGUCAAUGGAAGGACUCGUGGGCCGUGCUGCGGCCUCGGAAUCUUAUUCUGUACAAGGACGAGACGGAGUAUGCUGCCCAGCUGAUCCUCCCGCUGUCUUCGAUUGUGAAUGUGGUUGAGCGCGACCCGCUCAGCCGGACCAAGAAGCACUGCCUGGAGAUCAUCACGGAGGAGAAAAACUACCGGUUUUCGGCGCACGAUGAGGACACGUUGGUGCGUUGUCUUGGUGCCUUCAAGAGCCUGCUAACCAAGCGGCGUGGACUGGAGAUCCGUGCUGCAGCGGCGGCGGCGGCAGCUGUCUCUCCCUCGGGCCCGGUCGUCCUCCCUGCAAGCACCUUAUCUUCCUCUCCCAGCGGUGCCGGGCCCUUUACUCCGAUAUCGCAUAUUCCGUCACUCACGACACCGGCGCCUGUGCCUAUUUCAACAUGA